AUUGUGUCCGUGCGGAACCCUGGGGCGGGAGGAACUGUGUUGGCUCCGCCCCUUCAGCCGCGGCGCAGCGGAACCCUGGGGCGCGGCACGGGCAGCCGGCCGGGCCGGGGCGGCGCGAGGAUGAGCACGAAGCAGGUUACCUGCAGGUACUACAUGCAAGGAGUGUGCCGGGAGGGAAAGAAGUGCCUGUUCUCACAUGACUUAGCGACCAGCAAGUCCUCCACCAUCUGCAAGUACUACCAGAAGGGACAGUGCGCCUACGGGACUCGGUGCAGGUAUGACCACACCAGACUCCCCGCCUCGGGGGCUGCAGCAGCCCCUGUGCCGCCCCCUCUCUCGUCGGCAGCGCUGCCCAGCCCUCGCCAUCCCCCGGCGCACGGCGCCCCGGCCCUCCGGAGCAAACUGCAGGAGGCCGGCAAGCGGGAGAAGAAGACGCUGGUGCUCAGGGACAGAAAUCUUUGUGGUUUGAAUGAAGAAAAGCAGAAGCCCAGUGCCACAAGUGAUGUGGUGUGUUGCAGUGACCAGAACGAUAACCUGGAAAUGAAGCCCCAUUCCUAUUUGGAAGCUAUUUGCAGUGGUCUGGAAGAUCCGGCAGCUGGCAGCUCCUGUGCUGACAGAGAGCAGCUGUGCCCCUACGCUGCAGCGGGAGCGUGCCACUUCGGAGAGCGCUGCCUCUACCUCCACGGAGACGUCUGUGAGAUAUGUGGGUUGCAAGUGCUUCACCCCUUCGACCAAGAGCAGAGGAAGGCUCACGAGAUGAUGUGCAUGGCGACCUUUGAGCAUGACAUGGAGAAGGCCUUCGCCUUUCAGGCGAGCCAGGACAAAGUGUGCAGUAUCUGCAUGGAAGUGGUGUACGAGAAGCCAUCAGCGUCCGAGAGGAGGUUUGGGAUCCUUUCUAACUGCAAUCACACGUACUGCUUGUCCUGCAUCCGGCAGUGGAGAUGUGCCAAGCAGUUCGAGAACCCCAUCAUAAAGUCUUGCCCGGAGUGCCGUGUGAUAUCCGAGUUUGUCAUUCCCAGUGUGUACUGGGUAGAAGACCAGGAGAAGAAAAACGAGCUGAUUGAAGCAUUUAAGCAGGGAGUGGGGAAGAAACCCUGCAAGUACUUCGAACAAGGGAAAGGGACUUGCCCUUUCGGAGGGAAGUGUCUCUACCUUCACGCUUAUCCAGAUGGGACACGAGCUGAACCUGAAAAACCACGGAAGCAGCUCAGCUCCGAGGGGACUGUGCGGUUCUUCAAUUCUGUCCGCCUGUGGGACUUCAUCGAGGACAGGGAAGGUCGGACGGCAGCCAGCACGGAUGAGGAAGUGACAGACCUUGGAGAACUUUUCAUGCACCUUUCUGGGGCCGAUGAGGACUCUGCUGCUGCUCAGUGAGGAGACCUGGAGGUGCCCUCCCUCUCUGUAGCGAUCCAGCUACUGGUUUAGCAGUGCUUUUCCUUCCUCCAGCCCAGUAGAGUGCGUGCCCUGUGGUGACAUGUGCAGUCCUGGUAAAGUUUUCAGGUAGUUUUUGAGUGGCAACAAAAAUACUAAAAUAUAUUUUAAAAGUUAAAUUGAUUGCAUGAUAAAACCCUUAAUCCAAGAGGGUUUUCUCCCUCUUCGGCCUAGCAGAAUAUGCUGUCUUGUGAGUUGAGUGGUAGCAUAAAUACAGCUCCUCUCUUACCACUUAAAGCUUAAGCAGUUAAAAAUUGUCACUGAAAAACAGAACACCCAAAAGUGAUUUCUUUUUCACUAGAUCAGCUAAAUGUCUGUAUCUUCAAAGACCCACUGGGAAUCACAGCCAGUGUAGCUUUUUCUUCCUUAAACCAGGGCAUUAGGAGCUGAUUCACAGUAACCUCACAGUCAUACCUGGAGCUCAGAAUCGCACUGACCAUAUGCUGCCAGCGAGGAGUUCUGUCCGAGGACCUGGACGCGGCCCUCGGAGCCUCGCCACGUUCCUCCCUUGUUUUACAAUAACCAAGUGCGGUGCAGUAGGACGCGUCUCUGGGAGCUCUGGCUGUAAAGCGAACCCCAUCGCUGUGCUUGGGCAGCGCAGUGCUGGAUCAGCACAUGAUGCAGCUGAACGUACAGCUCAGACUGCGCUUGGGAACUGGAUUAGGAGCGAGCAGCUCCUUCCAGCAGUCGGCGCCACAGUAAUAUAGUUACAUCUGCCUUCAAUUUAACUCCUUCAAAUGUAUUUAAUUAGAAGGGAAACCUUGAUUCAGUUUAAAAGAAGUAGCCAAAAUUCAAUGAAUUAACAGUAAUUUUCUGAUUUCUUUCUGUUCAUCUUGGAUUUGUAACUCUACAACGUAAAUAAUGUCAGUUAAAAACAGAACUAUUAGUUUUAACUGCUGCUCUUCUUCCUUUAGCAGCGGGGCUGACUGAGGGCCACUUGGGCUGCUCCCUCUCCGGAUGCCUCUGGCACAGGGAGAGAUUCCCCUCUGCCGGCACUGUGGCUCUCAGCGGGCCCACGCAGGGUCUGGGACAGGAUGCACUGCAAAACCCCUGUCCAGGCCGGCUCCUUCUCCAAAGCCACUGGUUCCAGCUGCCCCCACACCUUUUCCCAAUCAAGGAGAGCAACACUAAAGGCCCAGGAGGUGUGAGGGAGUAAGGCACAUCUCUUCCAAGUUAACAAAUAUCACAGUCAUUUAGGUUGGAAAAGACCUUUAGGAUUGAGUCCAACCAGAAAAUUGUUACUCAACUUUAUUUUUGUUAAAAAUUUAAUUCCCGUCUGUGAUGCAAAAGUUUUGAGCAAAACCAAUCCAAUUGUGAGAUUUGACAGAAGUUAAUAUUGGCGAGUCAUUUGUAUUAACUUUGCAAUUAAAGUAAACAUUCAGCCUGGACACAAGUGAAGCGGCUGUAGGGCAGCGAACUGCUCAGGCACAGGCAGUGCCUUCUCCAGCCCACAGUGUUAAACAACCCCAAAACUUCAUUCCAAGAAUGGAAACCCAGCUCCCAUUCUCUCCCUAAUGAACACCUGUAGACACAAUGUUGUUUAGAAAUCAAUUCUUAGAUUAAACCACCUGCUUUGUCACCUGUGGGGUCUGGCCAAGAUCAAACACUCUUCUGCCCAAGCAAACAGCAGGUUCAGAGGAGAUGAAGCACAGAGCAGAAGCGGCGCAGUUAGAGGCUCAGCCAUCCGUCAGCACAGGGAUCUCCCACACAGGUGCUGCUGAAUGUACACAGUAGAAUAAAAAACACAUCUCAAAAAAUGUGAUUGGAAACCUGGA